AUGAGCGUCUCCCUAACCGUCACGUCGGCGCCAACUGGCCCAACCGCGGCCGCUGUCCCGCCCCAGACGACCUCCUCCGAGGACGGACCCGUGCGUCCGCCGAACCUGACGACAACAAUCAGCUUCACAUUCCCGCAUUCGCAGGCGCCUCCUGCACCGUCGCCGGCAUCCCAAGAUUCUCAGCUGUCGACAGUUAUCUCCGUCCCGACUUGGCAGUUCAUCUGGCCAGAACAGAACUCGGACUGUGCCAAAGCGGCGUGCAUGUUCUUCUACCAAACUCCCGAGAUAUCAAACGCAUACUCCACCAACAACAUCACCUGCCAGGUCGACCGAACAACCAUCGCCUUCACCAAGUUCAAUGGGUCGUCUCUCAAGAAGUGCAACGACGGCUACGCUGGUUCAACACACGACUCGGACAAGUGGAACUUUGACGGCUCCGACCCGCGUUCGCCCAAGAAUUCAUUCAUGCAACGCACGACAUACCUCUCCACAUGCUACUUCAACUACAUGCAAUGUGCGACCUACAUCUGUGGAUGGCACAACUCGCAAGUGUUCCUCAUCACGAAUGGGUCGGUCGACGUGCUCAACAGCCCUGCGAUCGCCCAGUGCACCUGCGACGAGAACUUCUCGUCCUUGCUUGCAAUCCGAGCCCGUGGCUGGCUGAACUGGACCGACCCGUGCAAGCAGCAAAUCCUGGUCGUACACCGGUACCAUUCUAGCGCGCCGGUCGGGUAUCGCCUGCCGCAAUUGCUGGUGAUCGGGUUGGGAGCUCUGGCCGCGGUAGGCGCGUUGCUGUAG